AAGGAAAUUUGUAGACAUGACAGAUAUUGUUCGUUACCGGUAAAUGUGCUAAUAAAGUCAUCAACUACAACCAACAGUUUAGUGGAUAGUAAUAAGAUUCCCGUUAAAUAGCUAAAGUAGUAGAUGACUCCUUAAUAUGGCCUGUUUAAUUAACAAAAACUGUUAACUGACUCACAACCUAUACUCUCUCCUGAAGCCAUAUAUUAUGUGAUUCUCCGCAGCCGCUCGAUCACAGCAUAAAUAUAAUGUCAAUAAUAAUCUAAUUAACCCCUUCGACUAACGUCCCCCCUGCAGGAGGAUGUCAGUGAGCGGACGUCAGUUGAGGGUGGGCACCGGGUACUGGGUACCCUGGGUGGACCUCCACUCCCACCCUGAUGGUACUCUAACAGCCGAUGGCGUCGCCGUCACCAUUCUUGACAUUAUUGCCAAAAAACUUAAUUUCACGUACGUGUUGGUGGGGAACGCUGACAUAGAGUGGGGGCAGGAGGCGCAGAACGGCUCCUUCACCGGCCUGAUGGGCAUGUGUGUGGGGGAGCAGGAGGUGGACGUUGCAUUGGGACCUUUCGUCAUCACCUACCGCAGGUCCCAGGUGGCAGACUUCUCUAUGCCGCUGUACUUCGAGUCCUGGGGCAUCUUCCUGCCUCGGCCACGGCUGGAGAGCGAUCUGGCAGGUUUCCUCAAGCCCUUCACGUGGCAGGUGUGGGAGGUGCUGGGGGGAAUGAUCCUUCUUACGAUGGUCUUGGGUGCUGUCCUCAACUGGCUCGCCUCUGGGUCAUGGAGAGGGCCGGAUGCUGGGAUCAAGGAGGAGCCUUCUGGUGGAGUCUUCCGUCCCUCCUGGGUCCUCAGGACCCUUGUCAAUGAAGACACAAAUGAGCUGCCGAGGACUGCAGUAGGACGGCUCCUCCUGGGGACGUGGCUGGUGGGUUCGUUCAUCCUGUGCUCAGCCUACCAGGGCGUCCUCACCUCCCUGCUGACGGUGCCCCUCGUCAGCGUCCCCGUCAACUCCCUGGAGGACCUCGUCAGCUACGGCAAGAUCCCCUGGGCGCUGGAGUUUGGAACCGUCAUACAACAAGAGUUUAAGGAGGCCAAGGCCGGGGUGAACAAGGUGGUCUACGAGGGCAGCAGCGCCGUCCGCAGCACCUGGGACGCCAGGGACAGUAUCAAGGAGGGUAAACUCGCCAUGAUCGCCGACGACUUCUCCAUGAUAAAGAUCACAAAUGAUGACUACAGCAACACUGGAGAAUGUCACUACUAUAUUGGCAAGGAGAUGUUCAGGUCUGCCCCAUUAGCAUAUUGCUUUCCAAAAGGCAGUCCACUUGUCCAGCACUUCAACAAAUGGAUAGCACUACUACAAGAGUCCGGACUGGUGAGCCGUAGCGUGCUGGCCCUCACCUCCAAUGCUUCAGCCUGCCUGGUGCCACCCGGUAAGGAAGGGGGUGGUAACCAGUCCCUCGUCCUCACCUUCCCUGACCUCGCUGGGGUCUUCCUCCUCUUAGUUGCUGGUUUGGGUGUUGGAACUCUGGCUUGUGUUGUAGAGAUGUUCUCUUCCUGCUGGAAGGUCUAACUAGAAGGGGGUGACAUUAUCACAGCCUCCACAUGGUUUAUCAAAGAUGCCACAUGGUACUACAGUAGCUUUCACAAGGUCGCCUCCAGAUGAUCUACUGCAGUUUCUAGAUGGCCUACUAAUGCCACCACAGUCUACUACAACCUGAAAUAGGCCUCCACAACCUGCAGUGAUUAAAUACGGUCUGAAAACAGCCUACCACAGACUGCAGUGAUUGGCUCUGGUCAACCAAAUCCUAGACAAAGCCAGGGGUACUGUGAAGAUACACUUCAUAUUAGAACAGAUACAAGUACUGCACUAUUCAACUACAGCUGUAUAAUAACAUAUAAGUUAA